AUGAGUUUGCGAGAAGAAACAACAACGGGGCAUUUACUGGUAAGCCCGUUUUACAAGCAACUUCAAAACAAGUACGGAUACGAAGUAGUUGACGGCUACUUAGGAGGCAUUCAUGAUCAUUUUAUGUUAUAUAAAGUUAACUUGGAUAUUCUCGAAAUUGAAAGGAAAACAGAAAAGGAAGCUGCGAUUCGCUACAAUUUCGAUCAUCCAAAAUACUACAUCGUUUACAACAAUAAGAAGAACAAAUACGAAAAUCAUCGUGAUGAACAAGGCACACGGAAUGGUCAAAAUACCAGAUCUCAGUGUCAAAGUUUUAAGAAACUGAACGGUUUGGAAGCUGCAUGUUUAAUUAUUGGUCUCAAUAUGCUACUCCAAGAUACCUUCAUUAAAGACAACGAAAGCAUUGUCAAUGAAGAUUUGGUGGCAUGGAUUCCAAUUGGUGGAAUGCAUAUCCCUUGCCCAGAAGUCUACCCAGCCACGCUCACUAUAGAAAAUCAGUUCACAUUUUAUCAACAAACCAUUUAG